ACCCUGGCCAAGAUACCCACUGCGUUUGAUCGUCUGUCGCGUCGUCUCGGCGAAAGGGGCGCAGCCCACGAAGUCGCCCGCACCCGGAGUAUUACGGCCCUCGAUAAAAUCUACGAACGGACCGAAAGCCUCAAAGAGGCACAGAUCAGCGCGUCGUCCUAUGACUACCUUGAUAUCGAAUUUGAGACGCUCCAGCUAGAUGAGCACGGCAAGACUGAUAACCCAACUGUCUUUUUCUACCCCAAAGGCGUUUCCUGGGUCCCUACUCUCUGUGUGACAGACGUGCAAGGCGAACAGCGGCUUAAAGCGUUUACCGAUACCUGGGAUGGUGCUUUAACGCAUCCUUUCCUUGAAAACCUGGAGUCCCAGGUCUCCUAUCUUUCCUCGUGGCUAGAGCAUAUGUUCAGUUAUUUCCAGCGAGAGAUAGAGCCUUCUGAGGAUAGCGGGCCUCGGCGAACUAUCAGGCAGCUAGCGGAGUGGGUCCCGAGGGAUAGCUUGACGCCAUCAAUCUUCGCCGAAAAGUUCUAUCUCACGAUUUGGAGAACAGGGCAAUUCACCCCAGGCGCGGCAUUUGUGUCCCAGAGGAAGCUCGCAUCGUCGGAGACAGGCACACCACCACCACAUACGCUCAUCACUCUCCUACUCUCAGAAGAGCCUAGUGAGGCGCUCUUCAGGGCAGAAAUAUUAACCGUUACUGCCGCCAUGAUCACGCGCCUAGAGGGCGAAGAAUGUAAAGAAUACAGCAUCGUUCCCGUUAUGCUCGUUACAAUUCUUGGGCGAAUGAAAGUCCGAGUCGUCCAGGCUCACACCAGCGGGCAAGCACUAGUCGUGAAGAAGACUAGGUUGCUUGACUUUGCAACCAGUCAGGCAGCAACAAACAAUAUCGACAUCCUCCUGAGUCUCAUGGGGUCCGAUCACGUGGGGUAUCCAACAGAUCUCAGACACGUUCUGAAGGUUUGUAUUGUACUAGCAAUGUUCGUGGCUCAGUAA